GCGGCGUCCGCAGUCUGGCGAGACAGACACCUCGCAACGUCAAAUCCAAUUCCCUUCCCCUACCUGAGCGAUGGAGGCUGCGGCCGCCAGAGCGUCCCGGCCGCCCGCCCCUGCCUAGCCGCUAGCUAGGGACCAACAGCGCCACGGCGAGCGAGAGUGGAGGGGAGAGGGAGUCUUGUCUGCAAAGUGCUGCUCCCUGGUGCUCAGAGGCGGCUGCUCCAGCUCCAACUCUCAUUCAUUUCGCCGGUUAACAUGAGAGAUCAUGGCCGCCUUCGGGCUUCUCAGUUAUGAACAGAGACCGCUGAAGCGCCCGCGCCUCGGGCCGCCCGAUGUCUACCCGCAGGACCCCAAGCAGAAGGAGGAUGAACUUACCGCUGUGAAUGUAAAGCAGGGUUUCAACAAUCAGCCAGCCUUCACUGGAGACGAACAUGGCUCUGCCAGAAACAUUGUAAUCAACCCAUCAAAGAUCGGUGCGUAUUUCAGCAGCAUAUUGGCCGAGAAACUAAAGCUUAACACUUUCCAGGACACCGGAAAGAAGAAACCCCAAGUUAAUGCUAAAGAUAAUUAUUGGCUGGUUACUGCUCGAUCUCAGAGUGCAAUUCAUAGUUGGUUCUCUGACUUAGCAGGAAAUAAGCCACUUGCUAUUUUGGCAAAAAAGGAGCUGCCUCUGGCCAAGUCAGGUGUCCCUCAGGUCCCCAUCCUUAGUAAAAAGGAGGACGUUUUUGCAUAUUUAGCUAAGUAUUCUGUGCCAAUGGUUCGAGCGACGUGGCUGAUCAAGAUGACUUGUGCCUACUAUUCUGCUAUUUCUGAAGCUAAAAUUAAGAAACGCCAGGCUCCAGAUCCCAAUUUGGAGUGGACCCAGAUAUCUACCAGGUACCUUAGAGAGCAGCUGGUUAAGAUCUCUGACUUUUACCACAUGGCCUCCAGUACAGGUGAUGGUCCUGUCCCUGUGCCACCAGAGGUUGAGCAAGCCAUGAAGCAGUGGGAGUACAACGAGAAGCUGGCAUUUCACAUGUUCCAGGAAGGAAUGUUGGAAAAACACGAGUAUUUGACAUGGAUCCUGGACGUCUUAGAAAAGAUCAGACCAGUGGACGACAGCCUUCUCAAGCUCCUUUUGCCCCUGAUGCUGCAGUAUUCAGAUGAGUUCGUGCAGUCAGCCUACCUGUCUCGUCGGCUAGCGUACUUUUGUGCCCGGCGUCUUUCCUUGCUACUGAGUGAUAGCCCCAACCUCCUUGCUGCUCACUCACCCCACAUGAUAAUCGGAGCAAACAACACGAGUAUCGGGACCCCCAGUCCUGGCACCCCUGGCCCUGGUAUGAGCCCCAUGCAGCUGGCCUUCUCGGAUUUCCUUUCCUGUGCACAGCAUGGCCCCUUGGUUUAUGGACUUAGUUGUAUGUUGCAGACUGUCACUCUGUGUUGCCCAAGUGCCUUGGUGUGGAAUUAUUCCACAAAUGAAAACAAGAUCGCAAACCCAGGCUCUCCCCUGGAUCUGCUGCAGGUUGCCCCUUCCAGCCUCCCCAUGCCGGGUGGGAAUACAGCUUUCAAUCAGCAGGUCCGGGCAAGGAUUUAUGAGGUAGAACAGCAAAUAAAACAGAGAGGCCGUGCAGUAGAAGUUCGGUGGUCUUUUGACAAGUGUCAAGAGUCGACGGCAGGGGUGACUAUUAGUCGGGUUUUGCACACACUGGAAGUCUUGGAUCGUCAUUGUUUUGACCGAACUGAUUCCAGCAAUUCAAUGGAGACGCUUUAUCAUAAAAUUUUCUGGGCAAACCAAAACAAAGAUAACCAAGAGGUUGCCCCCAAUGAUGAAGCUGUGGUGACGUUGUUAUGUGAAUGGGCUGUGAGCUGCAAACGAUCUGGCAAGCACAGGGCCAUGGCCGUGGCGAAACUCUUGGAGAAAAGGCAAGCAGAGAUUGAGGCAGAGAGAUGUGGCGAAUCAGAAGUCCUAGAUGAGAAAGAGUCCAUUUCUUCAGCCUCUCUUACUGGAUCUAGUUUGCCUGUUUUCCAGAAUGUUUUGCUAAGAUUUUUAGAUACACAGGCUCCAUCACUGUCGGACCCAAACAGUGAAUGCGAGAAGGUGGAAUUUGUGAACUUGGUGCUGCUCUUCUGUGAGUUUAUCCGCCAUGACGUCUUCUCCCAUGAUGCAUACAUGUGCACCCUCAUCUCCAGAGGAGAUUUGUCAGUCACUGCCUCUGCUGGGCUGCGGUCGCCAGCAGGAGAGAAUGCAGAUGAACACUAUUCUAAGGACCACGAUAUGAAGAUGGAGGAACACAGUCUCAUGGCGCACAUGGGCCUUGGCUCAGGAACCACUAACAUUUUUGAUGACGUAGACAAGAGUGACUUUAAAAGUGACUUUGGUUCUGAGUUUCCAAUUUUUUCUCCCAUGCCUGGAGAAUCCUGUGAGAAUGCCAACCCUUCCCUGAGCAGAAGAAUGUCACUUAAUGGUGAGAAAUUGCUAAAGAGAGAAAAACCAAGGGAAUUAAUUUUUCCAUCAAACUAUGACCUCCUCCGUCAUCUGCAGUAUGCAACCCACUUUCCUAUACCUCUGGAUGAGUCUUCAAGUCAUGAAUGUAACCAGCGCACAAUCCUUCUCUAUGGAGUCGGGAAAGAGCGUGAUGAAGCCAGGCAUCAGCUGAAGAAGAUUACCAAAGAUAUCCUGAAAAUCCUAAACAAGAAGAGCACCACGGAAUCAGGGGUUGGGGAUGAAGGACAGAAAGCCAGGAAGAGCAAGCAGGAAGUUUUUCCAACCCCGGAAACUGUGUUCACGAAACUCCAGCUCCUCUCAUACUUUGAUCAACAUCAAGUGACAUCUCAGAUCUCUAACAAUGUGCUGGAGCAAAUUACAAGCUUUGCAUCUGGAACGUCCUAUCACCUCCCUUUGGCUCACCAUAUUCAACUCAUCUUUGACCUCAUGGAACCAGCACUGAACAUCAAUGGACUCAUUGACUUUGCAAUACAGUUACUGAAUGAACUGAGUGUGGUGGAAGCUGAGCUGCUCCUGAAGUCUUCUAGCCUGGCAGGAAGUUACACUACAGGACUGUGCGUCUGCAUCGUGGCUGUUCUCAGGCGGUAUCAUAGUUGCCUGAUCCUAAAUCCUGAUCAGACAGCCCAGGUGUUUGAAGGGUUGUGUGGCGUGGUGAAGCAUGUUGUCAACCCCUCGGAAUGCUCUUCUCCUGAAAGAUGUAUCCUGGCCUAUCUCUAUGACCUCUAUGUGUCAUGCAGCCACCUCAGAAGUAAAUUUGGAGACCUUUUCAGUAGUGCCUGUUCCAAAGUAAAGCAGACCAUCUAUAAUAACGUAAUGCCUGCAAAUUCCAACUUACGCUGGGAUCCAGACUUUAUGAUGGAUUUUAUUGAGAAUCCCUCAGCAAGAAGCAUCAACUACUCAAUGCUGGGCAAGAUCCUCAGUGACAAUGCUGCGAAUCGGUACAGCUUUGUCUGCAACACGCUCAUGAAUGUGUGCAUGGGACACCAGGACGCCGGCCGGAUAAAUGACAUAGCCAAUUUCUCCUCUGAGUUAACUGCUUGCUGUACAGUUCUUAGUUCCGAGUGGCUGGGGGUCCUGAAGGCUCUUUGUUGUUCUUCAAAUCAUGUGUGGGGAUUUAAUGAUGUACUCUGCACUGUAGAUGUGAGUGACCUUUCAUUCCAUGAUUCAUUAGCUACUUUCAUUGCUAUCCUGAUAGCACGACAGUGUUUCUCCCUGGAGGACGUCGUGCAACAUGUCGCACUCCCCUCUCUUCUAGCGGCAGCUUGUGGAGAUGCGGAUGCAGAGCCCGGGGCGAGAAUGACAUGCCGCCUCCUGCUUCAUCUCUUCCGAGCUCCCCAGGCCUGCUUUUUCCCUCAAGCAACAGGCAAACCUUUCCCUGGAAUAAGAUCAUCCUGUGAUAGACACCUCUUAGCUGCAGCUCACAACAGCAUAGAAGUGGGAGCCGUUUUUGCUGUCUUAAAGGCAAUUAUGAUGCUUGGAGAUGCCAAGAUUGGCAGUAACAAUGUCAACACUUUAAAGAAUGAUGAGUUCAGCAUGAGGGGUUUAAGACGUGAUGGGAAUGCUGAAGAUGCCUGGGCCACCACGCAGAAUUCAAAAGCCUAUGGGAAAAGUAUUUCUAUAGAAACUGCCAAUCUGAGAGAAUAUGCUAGAUAUGUGCUGAGGACUAUCUGCCAACAGGAAUGGGUAGGAGAACAUUGCUUAAAAGAGCCAGAACGAUUAUGUACAGACAAAGAACUUAUUUUGGACCCUGUGCUUUCAAACAUGCAAGCACAGAAAUUGCUGCAGCUCAUCUGUUACCCUCAUGGUAUUAAAGAGUGUACAGAGGGGGACAACCUGCAGAGACAGCACAUUAAGCGCAUUCUUCAGAAUCUUGAGCAGUGGACAUUGAGACAAUCCUGGUUAGAGCUUCAGUUAAUGAUCAAACAAUGCUUGAAGGACCCUAGCUCUGGCUCUGUGGCUGAAAUGAACAACUUACUGGACAACAUCGCAAAGGCAACAAUAGAAGUGUUCCAGCAGUCUGCAGACCUAAAUAAUAAUGCCCCCAAUUCUGGCAUAAGCCUCUUCAACCCAAAUGGGAUUGGAAGUGCUGAUACCAGUAGCACAAGACAGAAUGGAAUAAAGACAUUUUUAAGUUCCUCUGAACGCAGGGGUGUGUGGCUGGUGGCCCCCCUCAUCGCCAGGCUGCCAACCUCCGUGCAGGGAAGAGUGUUGAAAGCUGCUGGGGAAGAGCUGGAGAAGGGGCAGCACCUGGGUUCUUCUUCAAAGAAGGAAAGAGAUAGGCAGAAGCAGAAGAGUAUGUCUCUCUUGAGUCAGCAACCUUUCCUCUCCUUGGUCCUUACCUGCCUUAAGGGACAAGAUGAACAACGGGAAGGCCUCCUAACAUCCCUGCAGAAUCAAGUCAAUCAGAUUUUAAGUAACUGGCGGGAAGAAAGAUACCAAGAUGAUACGAAAGCCCGCCAGAUGAUGCACGAGGCUUUGCAACUCCGGUUGAAUCUGGUAGGAGGAAUGUUUGACACAGUGCAGCGAAGCACCCAGGGGACCACUGACUGGGCUCUCCUACUCCUCCAGAUUAUUACUUCAGGAACUGUUGACAUGCACACUAACAAUGAAUUAUUCACAACAGUUCUUGACAUGCUGGGCGUUUUAAUCAAUGGGACAUUGGCUUCAGACCUAUCAAAUGCUUCCCCUGGGGGCUCUGAGGAGAACAAACGUGCAUACAUGAAUUUAGUAAAGAAACUGAAAAAAGAACUAGGCGACAAGCGGUCCGAAAGCAUUGACAAAGUCCGCCAAUUGCUGCCUUUGCCAAAGCAGACAUGCGAUGUCAUCACUUGUGAACCUAUGGGUUCUUUGAUUGAUACAAAGGGAAACAAAAUUGCUGGAUUUGACUCCAUCGAUAAAAAACAGGGUCUCCAGGUCUCUACAAAGCAGAAGGUGUCCCCAUGGGACCUGUUUGAGGGUCAGAAGAACCCGGCUCCUCUGUCCUGGGCCUGGUUCGGCACUGUCCGUGUGGACCGGAAGGUGGUAAAGUAUGAGGAACAGCACCACUUCCUGCUGUACCACACGCAUACCAUGCCUAAGCCCCGCAGCUACUACCUUGAGCCACUGCCCCUACCUCCUGAGGAGGAAGAGGAAGAGCCCACAUCUCCAGUUUCUCAGGAACCAGAAAGGAAAUCAGCUGAACUGUCAGAUCAAGGAAAAACCACAGCUGACGAAGAGAAGAAGACAAAGGGAAGGAAGCGUAAGACAAAAUCCAGCUCCCGAGUUGAUGAGUAUCAACAGAGCAACAUCUACCGAGUGCCUCCUAAUUACUCGCCCAUGUCCUCCCAGAUGAUGCAUCAUCCGCAGCCUGCACUGUGGGGUUACAACCUGGUGAGCCAGCCCCAGCAGCCCAGCUUCUUCCUUCAGAAUCAGUCUCUGAAUCCAGGUGGCUCCAGGUUGGACCCUGCAGGCUCCUUUGUCCCAACCAAUACGAAGCAAGCUUUAUCCAACAUGCUGCAGAGGCGCUCAGGUGCCAUGCUGCAACCACCUUCCCUUCAUGCAAUUACAUCUCAGCAGCAGUUGCUACAGAUGAAACUUCUGCAGCAGCAGCAGCAACAACAGCAGCAGCAGCAGCAGCAGAGGCUUCUCAGGCAGGCCCAGACUCGACCUUUCCAACAGGGCCAGCCAGGGGACCAGGCUGCUCUCUUUACUGCACAAGCACGGCCCUCCCCUCAGCUCCCUCAGUAUCCAGGGCUGCAGCAAGCACAGACCAUGCCCCAGGGCUACACAAUGUAUGGAACCCAGAUGCCCUUGCAACAGGCGGCUCAGCAGCAGUCUGGUGGUGUGGUCCUUUCCCCGAGCUACAAUUCCAGGGCCUAUCCAGCUACACACUCCAGCCCAGCGCUGAUGGAAAGACUCCGACAGCUUCAGCAGCAGCCAAGUGGCUACGCACAGCAGCAGGCCUCACCAUACCUGCAGCCCGUAGCUGGCUCUCAGAGACUGAACCACCAGGCUCUACAGCAGAGCCCUCUGGUGGGCGGGGGAAUUGAUGCUGUGCUGACUCCCGCACAUCCCAACCUCCCCUCGGUGCCCCUGCCUCAGGACCCAAUGAGGCCCAGACAGCCGCAAGUUCGACAGCAGCAGAGACUCCUCCAGAUGCAGCAGCCCCAGCAGGCCCCCCAGCCCCAGCAGCCCUCACAGCCCCAGAGUCAGGCCCUUGGUCUCCAAGCAAUGCAGCCCCAGCAGCCUUUGGUCUGGAAGGAAAAUUUCUUUAAACCUCCCAGAUGUCGUUUAAAGCAGCAACAGAGUUCCCCAGGCAAGGCUUGCAGCAGACCCAGCAGCAACAGCAGACAGCCGCCCUGGUGCGACAGCUCCAGAAGCAGCUUUCUAGUAACCAGCCACAGCAAGGAGUGACUCCCUGUGCACAUCCUUCACACUUUUGAAUCUGAAAGAGAAGACGUGAUGUUUAUGUUUGCACUGAAAAACAAAAUCAGAUUUAUUAGUAAUCAUAAGAAGUCUUCUUUGGUCUUUGAGUUAUUUAUGUUUUCCUAUAUUUUGUGCUCCAUUUCAUGCAGAGGUAUUUAAAUAAGUAAAGAAGUUGUGGUUUGGUUUUAUCAUAUUCAAAAUAGGUUUUAAAAUGUGGAUCAUGCAGGCCUACUCCAGAUAGUGUGGUGGCAGACCUUUUGAAACUGGUGCUUUUUUAUCUCAUACUUACAUAAAGAAUGAAUUACGGUAGGUUUGAAUAUUUAUGUAUUAAUUAAUGAUUUUUUUUUAACCUGUGGUGGACCAAACUACUGAUUUGAAAGAUAUGGCAGUUCUCACAGGAGUAUGAUACACUCGCUUUUCAUUUAUUUGCAUCAUUCUAAUUUGAAAUGUUGAUCAUUUCAUAAGCACUUUAUAAACUUUGUUCACAUUUAUGAAGGACUUUGCUUUGCUUUUGUUGUGGUCCAAAGGUGCUGAAACAGAUUGUUGCUUAGUACUUCUGCUUCUUCGGGGCUUCUGUGCAAGCCACCCUGAGAUGUGCGGGAGCCUCUUAGAAGUGGCUGCACUCCCCUUGGUUUCCAGUGGCACGAUCUUUCACCAGAUUCUUCAUGGAAGUACAACAUAGAACUGCUGGAGGCCGGAAGAGCCACGGUGGAAUCGGUUCAUUUAUUAUUUACUGCCGUUUUGGUAAAAAUAACUGUCCAGUUUUGGUUCUUCAGAACCUCAUGCCAACUUGAGAAAAAAAACAAAAACAAAAACAAGUCUCACAGCUGGCCUUGGAUUCUACUGUGUUUAGACUUGACUUGGUUUCCAGAGGCUCUGGCUCCCCAGUCCAGAAAGCUCUGGUAUUCAUCAAAGGUGUACUUACUGUUAAUUUUGUAUGGUAAGUAUUUGCUAUUUUGAAUUUAAUUAUUAAUGUUGGUGUCUGUCUUGUUGUGUAUUGCUUAUACUGUAUUUAUAAACUGGUGCAAAAAGCACAAGUAAAGUAAAUUAUACAUCAAAUUUAUUAUAAAGAAAUAGUAACUAUUUUAACUUUGUUCAAGUAUGUGGUAAUUUGCUCCUAUUAGAGUGAAAAAAUACAGUAAAUUAUUAUCAGUUUGUGUAACUUAAGAGUAUUCCAUAUAAUAUUUUUUUAGAAUUAGAUGCAUAAAAUUUUGAAUGUGAAAAUUGCAGGGCAUUUUAAGACAUACGUAGGGAUCUUCCCAUGUUUUUUGUUGGGUUCAUUUUCUUUUUGCCAUAUGAUUUCACAUGUCAUGUAGUCAAGCAUACUGUGAAUAGAUUGUCUAUGAAGAGCAAACCAUGUAGAACUACUUUUUAAAAAUGUAGCUAGUACAACUUUAGAUAAUUUCUUUUACAGAUCAUUAUAUAGAUAGUUUAUAUCUUCCUAGGUGAGUUACUCAUUGCAAAGUUUGACUCAUUCAAAUGACCUCAAAUACAUGUUUGCUUACUUUGCCAUGGCAACAUCCAUGUGAACUGCUUUGUACACUGUGAAAUAUACCCCUCCAGCCCGCUUGUUUUGUGUUUACUCUGGGCUGGAAAAGACUUUGCCAAACAUUAAAGACCAUUCUUUCCACUCAGUGACCAUUUAUCUGCUUUCAGACAAUGCAGUACAUUUCAGUGGUCUCACAGGUCAGCUUUGCUUUCCUCUCCAGAGUCAUUCUUACAGCUCACAAGCUAUUUUUCUUCAAAGUAAUCGACCACAUGACUGCAUUGGCAAAACCACCGAAGUGUGAAUGUUGUGCCUAGUGAGUGAGUCAUACCCUGUCCUUUCUGUUCUCUAAUCAAUGAUUAUUGAUAGUUAAAAUGCCAGUUUCAGUUUGUAGCUCAAUAUUGAAAACAGCAGCAGGAGUGUAAUAAUUGCAUAGCAUUUGUAUGCACUUUAUACUUUGCAGAAGUUAAUUUAUUAAUCCGUUUGCACUUGAAGGCAAUGCUUAUACCUUUGUUGCUAUUUAUUUUGUUUCUUGAGAUGAGGAAGAUAAGUCAUGCUGAGGCCCUCUAGUUAUGAGAUGUUUUGGGAGAUGAGGAAAAACCUAGAGCUGUUUUCCCUGUGCAUUAAUUAUAAGGAAAGCAACUGGAAAUUUAAAUUUAGUUGUCAUAUUUACUGCUACUUAAUUCUGUGCUCUGAGAGGGCUUUUCCCCCAUAGCAAAUGCAUGUGGUUGGUAUCAAAAUGGUCAUAAGGGAAAACCCUGUUGCAAAACUUUGUCAUUUUCUUGGUGGGUUGCAGAUAGGAAUUUGUCUUAAGAUGGAAAGCCCAGCUCUUAUUAAAGAUCAGACCUUGCAAUAUAAUGGAAUUGGGUAUACUUACCAUAAUUCCUGGUUAUAUAUGUGUUCUAUUAUAGGCUGAUUAUUUUUAGGGUUGCAUUGCUUGUUUUAUUUACCUUUCCUCAUCCAAAAUUAGAAGGUGGGUAUCAUUUGACCUCUGGAAGCCAUAGAGUACCUAUGUUAACAGCAAUCACGACAGAGGUAGGGGCCAAAAGAAAGUAGGCAUGAUGGAGACACAGUGGAGUUAAUUCUCAAAUGAUUGGCACAAACUAACAAAGGCCUUGGUUUCAGUGUUCUAAGCUAACUGAAUAAGACCUGUGGCUUUUGUUUAUCAUUUACAAGGCUCCUACAAUUCAUAAAUAGAUGAAUAUUUGGACAGAAGCCAGAGAAAUUAUACUGGAAAAAUCUCAGACUUUAGAAUAAAAGAGGUAAAUCUAUGAUACCCCCAUUUAUCUUUGGGUUGAAUUAAACAUGUAAUAUAAGUACAGUUAAUUAUAUAAAAGAAACAACAUUCAAAUUUUAAAUACAGUGAAACUUCAUUAUAUAUAAGAGAUCUAGACUCUUGUAAAAGAGCAAUUCCUCCUUAGAAAAUCUUUCUUACAAAUGGCUCCAAACAAUGGGUGCCUUAGCUAGGUUUUAAAGUUACAAAGAAGUUUCGUUGUACUUGUAAAGCCUUUUUCAGAGUGACAGAGGUAUGGACAAAUAUGAAACUCCCUUUUCACAUUUCCUGAUGUGUGAGCAUUAGGCAACUCUUUACAUGUAGAAAGCUUUUGUUUUGUUUAUUUGUUUUUUAAUGUGGGUAAUGAGAAUUUUCAGUGUGAACAAAUGGUAAACUGAAUCAUAAGCAAAACAGUUCAGUGCUUGUUUUCUGUAGGUUUUAUCAAACUGUUUAUAAACCAGUUACAAAAUAUUUGUAUGUGAUGAUUUACAUAGAAUGCAAAUUUAAUCUUUCCCAUUGUCUCCAUUCUGAGUGCAAAGUUUGUAACAUUGGUAGAAGUUGGACACUAGGCAACUGAUAGUGAGAGAAAGGUCUCUUUACUGAAAAUUCAGGUGCAUCAGCUGUUUGUUAUUUUGUAGUGGAUCGUUUUCUCUUAAUGUCUGUUAUUUGUUGGCAAAAUCAAAGUGCCUUAAGUUAAGAGUUCGCGUUGAAAUCCAUAGACACUUGGCAUCAUUUCAUAAUGCAUUUAUUUACAAGUCUCUUUUGCAUGUCCAUUGUAAAUUUAAUACUGUAAAUGUAUCCAAAUUCAUUUCCAUGCCUAUGGCUGCCUUUGAUUAAACUUCUUCCAAAAAAAAAAAAACACA